CCUUGCACUUCUCAAAAAAACAGAGUGGUAGUACCCUCUACACGUAUCGGAGAGAGAAAAGAAAGAAUUUUUCUGGGCGUGCAGAUACAUGGCUCGGAGCUCCACAAGAAUGAAAUGGGUCUCCAUCUUCGCACUUCUAACCCUUUCCCACUUGCCUCUCACAACCUUCGCAGAAGAUGGGCUAGUGGCGAAUGGAGAUUUCGAGGCUACACCAUCAAAUGGGUUCCCGAACGAGGCGAUAGUGGAGGGACCCAGCGAAGUACCUAACUGGAAGUCAAACGGCACCGUUGAGCUAGUGGAGUCAGGGCAAAAACAGGGUGGGAUGAUCCUCAUCGUACCGCAGGGUAGACACGCGGUGAGGCUAGGCAAUGACGCUGAGAUCAGCCAGGAAGUAACGGUGGAGAAAGGUUCCAUUUACUCAGUCACCUUUUGUGCGGCUCGCACGUGCGCCCAGUUGGAGUCCAUCAACGUGUCGGUUGCGUCUGCAUCGCAAACCAUAGACCUCCAGACACUUUACAACGUCCAGGGUUGGAACCCUUACGCCGUUUCUUUCAACGCGGAGGAAGACACUUUUAGGUUAGUGUUUAAGAAUCCCGGAAUGGAGGAUGACCCCACUUGUGGCCCCAUCAUUGACAGCAUUGCCAUCAAAAAGCUUUUCACCCCCAAAUCACCCAAAGAAAACGCAGUGAUCAAUGGCGACUUUGAAGAGGGGCCAUGGAUGUUUACCAAUACUUCACUGGGUGUGUUGCUUCCCACAAAUUUGGAUGAAGAAACCUCCUCGCUACCCGGUUGGAUAGUGGAAUCGAACCGUGCCGUCCGCUUCAUAGAUUCCGAUCAUUACUCUGUUCCACAAGGCAGAAGAGCCGUCGAGUUGCUCUCCGGAAAGGAAGGCAUCAUUUCCCAAAUGGUUGAGACCAAACCUGACAAACCUUACAGGUUGACCUUCUCAUUGGGACAUGCUGAUGACAAAUGCAAGGAGCCUCUUGCUGUGAUGGCCUUUGCCGGUGACCAGGCUCAGAACGUUCACUACACUCCCAAUUCCAACUCUACCUUCCAAACUGCUAACCUGAAUUUCACUGCCAAGGCCGAGAGGACAAGAAUCGCCUUUUACAGCAUAUACUACAACACCAGAAGUGAUGACAUGAGUUCUCUCUGUGGGCCUGUGGUCGAUGAUGUCAGGGUCUGGUUUUCUAACUCCGACGGGCUUCGUGGGUUUUCCUUAUUCAGGCUUGGGCUUGCGGUUUUGGGUCUUGCUUUGGUUCUUGUGUAAAAGGUUUUUUCUUUUUGCUUUAUUUAUUGCAACCAUGCAGAGUGGGUUACUUUGGGUUGAGGGUGUGGGUAACGGUCCCAUUCUGCAUCUCAACAAUGUUGUAUGUGAACUGGCCUUAAGUUUAUAUGGUUUUUAUAUAGUUCAUGCUACGAAAAAUGGAAAUGUCUUCUUGGCUCUCUCAUUCGUGCUUUUA